AUCUUACCUCCUUUACUGACCGACUCGACAAUCAUUUCGCACAUCGAAUAUACGAUACAUGCUGAGGAAGAUGAAUCUACGCCGCCGCUCAAUGCAGAUCGAGAGAUGAGAAUGUAAACGUACAUGGAUAAAGAUGAAGAAUCCGAUUGUCAAGUAUCUCCUCGGGGAGGAAGUACCGACGAGGGAGGAUUACACGGAUUGGCACGAGAAUGCUAAAGGUGGAAGAACGUCGCCGAUACUCGCAGUGGACGUCGAUAAUCGAGAAGAACAAGAUGAGGACGAAACUGAUGAGAGAUAACGAAAGAUGAUGAAGGCGGUAUCGAGCAGUAGAGUGAGAGAGCUUCAAGCUAUGCUAUUUCCGAUUCAACCCAUCCCAGGUGGCAUGCUUUCUGAUCUAGCGCCACAAGAGUUGCAAGUGUCUCAGCUUGAACAUUACGAUGGCCCGACUCUGAGACGGGAUGCGGAAUCGGCGCUGUUCGCGAUACCCCUGAGUUUGUCUAGGCAUCGAUACUCGUCGAAGGAAACCCUUCGAGCGGUUCUCGAUGCGCGUUGCAUCGUUGACGGAAGUAUUCAGGAAGCGGCCAGGUGGCCAACCGAAUGUCAGGUAAUCCCAGAACGAAUUCGCCACAUAGAAUACAAUUCUACUCCGGAAGCCUUUUACAUUCCAACAGGGAAGGAACCAAGACCGAAGCCGAUCAGCGACGAGCUUGGAACGGUGAUAUUUCGUUACUGUCCGACCAACGUUACUAAUUACUUUAGCCGAUCUUGCGUGGGCGGUAGUACGGUAUUACCAUUCCCCACGGAGGUUCCCGAGGAUUCAAACACGUGCACUGUAGAUACUAAGGAUGCUGCCAACGAGAACGAUAUUUUUCUUGUCGCCGAGGCAUCUCAACCGAAAGAGGACAGCACGGAUUUGCGAUUCGAGUCACGAUUCGAGUCCGGAAAUCUCGGCAAAGUAGUGAAAAUAACUGAUACGUACUACCAGCUGUAUCUAAGAAGAGAUCUCUAUACUCAGAGGCAUACGCAAUGGUACUAUUUCAAAGUAUCAAACACGAGAAGCAGAAUUACAUACAGAUUCUCGAUCGUGAAUAUGUGCAAAGAGGAGAGUCUCUACAACGAAGGUCUCAAGCCUCUUCUCUAUUCUACGGAAGACGCUCGCACUCGAUCCGUAGGAUGGAGAAGAUGCGGCGACAAUAUCGCAUAUUACCGGAAUAACGAUUCAUCGAGCGACGAGGAGAGGGAGAAACACACGUUAACGUUCAAUAUCUCAUUUCCUCACGAUCGGGACAUCGUUUACUUGGCGCAUUGCUAUCCGUACACGUACACCGAUCUUCAGGAGUAUCUCGGCAAAAUCGUGGCCGACCCCGCAAAAACGAGAUUCACCAAGCUGCGCUUGCUGUGCCGCAGCUUGGCCGGAAACAGCGUCUAUUACUUGACCAUCACCGCACCGACACAUGACGAAGAGGUGAGGAGGAAAAGGGGUGUCGUUAUCACGGCUCGGGUGCAUCCAGGUGAGACUCCAUCGAGCUGGACGAUGAAGGGCAUUAUCGACUUCCUCACGAGCGACACGAACCGAGCCAGAGAGCUCAGGGAGAGAUUCGUCUUCAAACUAGUGCCAAUGUUGAAUCCGGACGGCGUCAUAGUUGGCAACAAUAGAUGUUCCCUGUCUGGUAAGGACUUGAACCGGCAAUAUAGAACCGUGAUGCGAGAGAGCUAUCCGUCCGUGUGGCAUACGAAGCUAAUGAUACGAAGGCUCCUCGAAGAAUGCGGAGUCGCGAUAUACUGUGACCUUCAUGCUCACUCGAGAAAGCACAAUAUAUUCGCUUACGGAUGCGAGAGCAAAAGAGCUGGAUGCAACGGAAAAUUAUCGGAACAAGUAUUUCCGUUGAUGCUUCACAAAAACGCAGCUGACAAGUUUUCUUUCGAAAAUUGCAAAUUCCACGUUGAGAAGGGAAAGGAAGGAACGGGUAGAGUGGUCGUAUGGUCGAUGGGUGUUCAGAACAGUUACACCAUGGAGGCAUCUAUGGGUGGUUCCAAAAUUGGCUCGAGAUGCGGGACUCAUUUCUCCGCUCAGGAUUACGAACAGAUCGGCAAAGCUUUCUGCGAGACCCUACUCGAUUUUUCCGACCAGGAUCCGAUGAAGGAAAAACUUCGGAAUAAGAUCAUAGCCAGAUUGACCAAGGAAGGAUCCAGCGCCGAGGAACCUACCAAUAUCGAUUUGACCGAUUACUCAAGUGACGAAGGAGAUAUCUCACAGGAGAGCUUCUCGUCGGAGGAGCAAAGAACCGAGUAUGCGGAUGCUGCGUGGUCCAGUGAAGGCGGGGAGUUUCUGGCGGGUCGUCGUCGAUAUCUUUGCGCACCUCCACCGUCGCCGACUUUCGUUCCUCCGAGAAGCGUCGGUCUUUAUAGAAGGAGAGCGAGGAGGGAUGUCGCGGGAAGAAUAUAUCUGGAGCGCAGAAGAAACCUGACGCAACGUGCAGUAAUGGACUUGCCGACCACGGAUCCAGGUAGCGAUUUAUGUGAUCUGACCGACUCGGCUGAUGAAAGUUUCGUGAGAAGCGAAGGAAGAGAAUACGACGUUGCGUGGAGAAACAUACGAGAGUGUGAAGAGAUUAUCGAGUUUUCCGAGAGAGAGACGAUCGAAAGAGACGAAAGACGACAGAAUAAAGCGCUGAUCCUACCGGAAAUUGUCAGACCGCGCAGUGUAUCUUUCGGGGAAAUAUUGCCGCGCAAAGAUCAUCGGAGAACUCGUCAACGACCGCGAUGUCUUCGAACGCUGAAGAAUCCAUCACCAGUAUCGCCGACGAAUCAAGAAGCGAGGGUCAAGCUAACGUCAUUAAGGAAACAGAUUUGGACGGGUGUAUCUGCCGCGGAGGGCAACGAUACGGGACGUCUAGUCAACGAUGCGUUUGUUAAGACACCUUUAAGUUGGGGUGUCUCCAGAUACGCUCUGAUGCACUAUCCCACGGAUGGUGAAGUCACGCUAAAACAGACGCAAUUCAAGAAAGUACAGUUGCUCGUCUACGACGAGGACAAAGACGACGCGAGGAAGACGCGGAAGAAGUCGCGGCGGAAGCGACAGGGUGUCGCGGAGAACGCGUCCCAGAUGAAGGUAUCCGUGCGAGUGGACGGGCAAAAGACGUCGAAGAAAAAGAAUUCGAAACUCGUCUGGCAACGGACGGUGAACUUGGACUCCAAGAUCAAAGAUGCCAAGAGCGCGAAAGUCUCUUCCUCUUAUCUAACGAUCGAGGCGGGUUCGUUGAAACUCCUGGCAGCGUCGGACACGCCGCCGAAGAGACCGCAGCGGAAGCUCGAGCCGCGCCGGAAAUUCCGCGGCGUCGACACAGUAGCCACCACCUGUAGCCCUGCGAAAGCGAAAGCGGGACGAUCGUGUCGACGCGACGCCUUCUGCGAGAGCACGACGUCGGAUGACGUUUCGUCGGACUCGGGUAAGCCGAAAGUCACGAAAAAGAAGCAGAAGAAAAAGAAGCAGCAGCUGAGGAAAUCGGCGAACAGAGGAUCGGAGCGGAUCAAGCGCGCCUCCAGCGCGAAAACUAUACGCGAUAAUGUUUGAAGUUUGUUUUGGACACACACAAUCUGUAUGGGACAUAAUUUCGAAUUUAUUACACGUGUUUUUUUGUUACAAGAGCAUUUUUUUCGUUUCGUGUACGAAAUAUAUUAUUUUUGCAAGCGUUCCAAGACCCAUCUGAUAUCGGCAUCCGAGCGAUUAAUAAAUAAUUCACGAAUGAUAAAAAUAUAAGUUGCAUCGUUUACUUUAUACUAUUAAUUUUAACGGAUCGCUGAUAUUUUAGAAUGAUACAAGAAUUUAAUCGAACAUAAUUUUAGUCGGAUUAUAUGUAUUUUCUCUACCAGAGAUAUUUAUACAUACUUAUUCGAUUUUUCGCAUGAAACAAUUUACAAAUCAAGAUAAAAUCUAUUUUAUCAAUGUAUAGUUUAACAAGUAGUUGAAAUAAAAAAAAGA